AUGGAAACUUUUUACAAUGGCCUGAACCAAUCAAUGCAAGCUGUUGCUGAUGCCUCUGUGGUAGGAGGAUUCAUGGACAAAACCUACAUUGAAGCCAAGGUCAUCUUGGAUCGCAUUUCGCAAAACACAAAUGACUGGGUAGACGAUGGUACAAUGAAGACAACGAAGGAGGUCUGGGAUGCCCUGCAAAAGAAGUAUGACACUGAGGAGGCUGGGUCAAAGAAAUAUGCGGUUAGUCGUUAUCUCAAGUUCCAAAUGAUGAAUGAGAAAUCCGUGAAGGCCCAAUCCCAUGAACUCGAGAAGAUAGCCCACGAGAUAAUUACUGAAGGUUUUGCUCUUCGCUUGACCGUCAUGCCUUGUCGAUUAACAAUAGAUGAAGAUGAAGAAGACAAUGAAACUAAAACUGAAACAAAAAAGGAAGAAGAUGAGGUUGAAGAAGAUGCUGAAACAGAUAAGGAAGAACAAGAAACUGAACAAAUUGAGAAAGAGAAAGAAGAUGAAGAGCAAAAGAAAGUAGAUGAAGAGCAACUAGAAGAAGACCAAGAGAAAGUAAAUGCAGAUCAAGUAGAAGAGAAGCAAAAUGAGGAAGAACAAGUUGAAGAAGUGCAUAAGGAAGAUACUGAUAAGGAAGAGAGUGAAGAGAUUCGCUUUCAGAACGAGAGAUCAAAGAGAAACCAGAAGCGGAAGCAAAUUGUUGAUGAGGAAGAUGAAAUGGAAGAAAAAACUGAUAGUGAAGAGGAUAUAGAUAAAGAGAUUCAAACAAAAGGAAAAAAAAAAAAAGAGAAAACAAUAAGAGUGGGGCAAAUGUAA